AUGAGCGAAUUUCCAACCGCAUUCCGCGCAGGUCAAGUCCUAGGCUUGACAGGCGCCGCCUGGCUCUCAGGCAACAUGUUCUCCUUGAGCCUAAUCACCAUCCCCGCCCUCCUCCGAUCCCUGCACGAAAAACAAAUCACCCCGUCCACCGCCGCCAAAGUCUGGGCCAACAUCUACAAUGCCGGCAAGAUGCAGAACCCGCCCCUUGCAGCCGCCACCGCCGCAGUCUUCUUCUACCUGGCCUGGUCUGUCCGCGAUGGAACGGCAUUGUCGCUGGUAGCGGGGCAGAAUAGUAGUAUGUUGUAUGCUGUUUCGGGGCUGUUGACCGGGGGGGUCAUUCCGUUUACGCUUGCGUGUAUUAUGGGGACGAAUCGGGCGCUGGAGGCGAUGGUGGGAUCCAAGGAUGAGAUUGAGGCAUCCAGGACGGAAGUUGGGUCGCUUUUGGAGAGGUGGGGGGUGCUGAAUGCUGUGAGGGGAGGGUUGCCUCUGGUUGGGGCGGUGGUCGCGGCGCUGGCUGCGAUUCCUUGA